AUAAAAACCUUAUCUUCUGGCCCUGUUGAUUUCCUCUAUGUAAUGAACUGUGAAAAGUAAACCUUUAUGUGACAUCACACUAUUAAAGUCUCCGUCGACUUCAUUCAUCGUCCGAGAAAUCAAAGUGAUAAGCACAGGGUCAUCGAGCUGGAGGCCGCUCUGUUGGAGGAGUGCACACCUUCGGAGGUCUGGAGCAUGGCCCAAGGCAGGACGAUCCCCGAGACCAUUCGGCCUGAGGUGUGGCAGGCGUGUCUUGGCGUCCAGAAAAAAGAGAGCCCCUUGCUGCACUUUUCCGAGAUCUUCGACUUACCUGAUCAGAGUGCAUUAAGAACCGACUGCCAGCAAGCAGUUUCCAAAUUAGGGAAUGAAGACGAAGACAAAGUUUCUGUGAUAUCCGACCUGGAGUCAAUUCUCACUUGCUACUGCAAAUCGACAAAAAACAAAUUUGAGAAGGGAAAUGGGUGGAUUGAAAUUCUUCUUCCCUUGCUGUCCCUGAAAUUGCCUCGCGCUGAAACCUACAACUUGUUUGACUCCAUUGUGCAUCAGUACAUUCCUCGUGGAUGCAAAAAGAACGGACUUCCAUUCCAUUUAUUUCGUCUGCUGCUUCAAUAUCAUGAUCCAGAGCUAUGUUCCUUUCUCGACACCAAGAGAGUCAGUCCAGAUCUCUACUGUCUACCAUGGUUUCAAAGCUUGUUUGCGUCCAAUUGUCAUCUGCCGGCCCUGCUAACUAUGUGGGAUCACUAUUUUCAACUGGCCGACCCCUUUUUCAUUUUCUUCUUGGCUCUGGUUAUGCUGGUCAAUGCGAGAGAUCAGAUUCUGUCGAUGAAAGACGACGCCAAAGCCACAGUUGUGGACGCACUCUCGAUGAUGCCCUGUGAUAUUGCCGCCGAUGAUACCUCCGACUUCUGCACCUUGGCCCAGUACUAUGCAUCCAAGACACCUGCAUCCUUUAGAUCAGAAUUGAUCGAUGCUUUCUUCGGCACCGAGCCGCCCAUUCCGUGUGAAAAGUUGGGGAUUUCCCAAGCACUCUGCCUCCCCAUUUCAGCCCACGACCUUGUCUUUAACCCCGAGUUGCCUGAGGGUGAAAAUGUCAAAUUUUUCCUCGUGGAUUGUCGACCAGCCGAGCAGUACAAUGGAGGUCACUUGCCCACUGCCUUUCACCUUGACUGCAACUUGAUGUUGCAAGAACCUGCGACCUUUGCCACUGCAGUGCAAGGAUUGCUGGCGGUGCAGCAACAGGCGCUGGCGUCGAAUUCGGUGGCAGGCGGAGACCACCUAUGCUUUUUGGGUUCAGGUCGAGAGGAGGAAGACCAGUAUACACACAUGGUUGUUGCCUCCUUCCUUCAAAAACACACAACCUGUGUCAGUAUGGUUGCUGGUGGUUAUUCGGCCAUUCAUCAGUUGGUCGAAGAGAAUCCUGUGAUCAAGCUCGACGAUCACAAUCCGCAAAUUUGCAUUGGCUGUAGGGAGACUCACAAUGUUGAAGAGAUGACCAAUUCGAUGCAAACGUCGACUAGUUCGUAUGAAUUGUUUGGUAAACUGAGUGCGGCCAUGAAAAGUAAAUCGGCCGAAGUGAAAGAAAAACUUUUUGAGUACAUCGUGAAUCCAACUGGGAGCAACGGCCAGGCUGCUGAGAGGCACGUCCGGAGUUCUGACAAAGUUGGCAAGAGGUACAGAAACAUGGCGCCAGUUUUCAGCAUUGAUGAUGAAGAUGGAGACGCUUCAAGUAUCCAUAGUUUAGAAGACGAAGGCGACCAAGAGGUGGUUGCAAUCCAGACGUGGCUGAAAAAGCCUGAUGUUGUCAAGUCUUUCAAAUGUCACGAGGUCAAGAUGAAUGGCUACAUGUAUGAAAGCUAUCUGAUUGUGACCGAGAGCCACAUUUAUGUGCUGCGAGAUAUCCAAGGCCGUAAAGGCUUUGCAAAUAUUGCUGUCCGACGACCAGUGUCUUCAAUUGUUCGAAUCACGUCCAAGAAGAAGCAUCCUGACCUAAUUACGUUCAAGUACGGCAUUGCUGAUGGAGAUAAGCCUAUAAUUUCUGAUAUGGACAGGUUUUUGAUACCUGAAGCUGCCGAAGCUACUAAAGUAAUAUCACAACAAAUUAUGAAGCAACUAAAUGUGCAAGUGGCCUCACAAAAGUAGCAGGCUACAUAAUAAAGUCAACCAUCACAUUAAUUUAAUUGAAGUGUCCAAAGCUGUUGUUGAUUUUCCAUAACUUAGAAUCCCUAAGUUGCAUUUUUACAACUGUGUGAGAUGCUGUUUUUCAGUGCAUAUUUUAUUUUAAGUUUGUUGAUAACAUUUAUGUUACAGCAACUUUAUUUCUGUUAAAUGGUAUUAUUAAAAAAUCCAUGGACAUAUACAA